GUGUCUCUGUCUCCUCCUCACCCUGACGGGCAGUAAUGCAGAGGAAGCACCGGAGCUAACGUCAGCCGUGUGUCUCCAGUGAGCCUCAGAUAUUAAAGUUAUAUUGUGAGUGUGUGUGCUGAGCUGGUCCUGGAGCUGCGGGGGAUGGUGUCUCCUCCUGAAGCCGGAUAAUCAGACGCAGAGGCCGGCGGCAGGGACGGCUAGCUGGCUGAAGUUUAGCCCAGGACCGCUGGGUGGGAUCUCGGCCUCCGUGCGGGAUUUUAACGGGAUAUUUGUGGACAUACAUCGGUGGAUCGGUACCGGCUGUGGAGCCGCACUGUGCUGGCUGCUGGGUGCGCUCGGUCCUUGAUGCCCCGGAGGCCCGGAGGAUCUCAGACUGCGGAGCCCCGGAGCAGGGCUCGGAUACCCGGGGAAGCAGAGGAGGAGUUUGUCUGUCUGUCUGAUUGGACCCCGGUGGACCACCAGCCCCUCCCAUCAUGAACCCGCUGAAUCAGAUGAAGGCUGGACUGGCCAACAACCCACACAGCGAGGGUUCGUACCCCUACGACCCCUCCAGCUGGCAGCAGCCCAACAACCAGCCCACAGGAUCCCUCUCCGUGGUAACCACCGUCUGGGGAGUGACCAAUCCCUCGGCCAGCCAGGGUAUGGGUGGAGGGGUGAUGGGGCCCGGGGCCAACCCAGGAGGGGGGCCCAUGAUGCAGGGCCCUGGGGGUCCGGGCAUGGCCGGUGGUCCCGGAGGCUACAUGGGUCAGCAGGGCUACGGAGAGCCCAGCAAAGGCUACAUGAACCAGGGCAUGUACGGCCGGACGACUGGGGGCUACGCUGGAGGACCAGGAGGCUACACUGGGAGUUACCCAUCAAACCCCGGCGGCUCCAGAGGUUCAGCUGACUUCACUCAGGCCGCUGCAGCCGCCGCCGUCGCUGCUGCCGCUGCCACGGCAACCGCCACGGCCACGGCAACUGUCGCCGCCAUCCAGGAGAAACAAAACCAGGAAAUGAACUAUGGACAGAUGGGAGGUCCGGCCUACAACAACCAGUUCAUGGCCCACUCUGGCCCCCGCGGCCCCCCUGGCAUGGCUCCUGGAGGUAUGGGCCCCGGGCCUGGACCCACCAGGGGCCCCCCCUCAAUGGGCCCCAUGUACGGCCCUGGUGGCGGCCCCCAGAGGGUCCCUCAGCACCCAAACUACGGCCCCGGACCACAGCAGGGCCACUUGAGGCCGCCACAGGGCCUCAAACGGCCUUACAACUCUGAGUCUUUCCCAGGAAUGUCUCAGCAGUACGGCGUUCCCGUUGGUCCCAGUGUGAACGUGAUGUCAGGUCCUGGUGGCGCUGGUGGUUCAAUCCCAGGGUCAGGCGGGGGCGGUCACGGCGGCCCCGGUCCGUACGCCGGCCCCAACAUGCAGUAUCAUCCAGGUCCUGGUGGUCCAGGUCCCGCCCCCCAGCGAUCAGGCUCCUCCCCCUCCUAUCAGACCCAUAAGAUGCCCCUCCCACAGUACCCCCCCUCUGGACCCCCCAACUCACAGUACUACAAGCAGGAGCAGUUUAACGGUCAGGGUGGAGGUUUGAACGCUCUGACAACAGGGGCCGCCGGUGGAGUCUACAACUCCUUCAACCAGCCGUCUGGGCCUGGUCGAGGGUUGCCAGGUUACCCCUCCUCGCCUGUUCCUGGAAACCCGACCCCUCCCAUCACCCCCAGCAGCUCCAUGGCCCCGCCCUACAUGUCGCCCGGCAACAGUGACGUCAAGCCGCCGCCCUCCUCUUUCCUGCCUGACAUCAAACCCAACAUGGGCGGACUGCCGCCGCCGCCUCCCACAGGUAACCCCAGCGACGACCUGCGGCUGACCUUCCCGGUGCGUGACGGCGUGGUCCUGGAGCCCUUCAGAUUAGAGCACAACCUGGCGGUCAGCAACCACGUCUUCCAGCUGAGAGACUCUGUCUACAAAACACUCAUCAUGAGACCGGAUCUGGAGCUCCAGUUUAAGUGUUACCACCACGAAGAUCGACAGAUGAACACUAACUGGCCCGCCUCCGUCCAGGUGAGCGUGAACGCGACUCCUCUCACCAUCGAACGAGGCGACAACAAAACUUCCCACAAGCCUUUGUACCUGAAGCAGGUGUGUCAGCCGGGCAGGAACACCAUCCAGAUCACCGUCACCGCCUGCUGCUGCUCUCACCUGUUUGUCCUCCAGCUGGUUCAUCGUCCGUCAGUCCGUUCGGUGCUUCAGGGUCUGAUGAAGAAGAGGCUGCUGCCUGCCGAGCAUUGUGUCACUAAGAUAAAGAGGAACUUCAGCAGCGGUUCGAUCCCCGGGACUCCCGGGUUAAACGGAGAGGACGGCGUGGAGCAGACGGCCAUCAGAGUGUCGCUGAAAUGUCCCAUCACUUUCCGCCGCAUCCAGCUGCCCGCCAGAGGUCACGACUGCAGACAUAUACAGUGCUUUGAUCUGGAGUCGUACCUGCAGCUCAACUGUGAGAGAGGAACAUGGAGGUGUCCUGUGUGCAAUAAAACAGCUCUGUUAGAAGGUCUGGAGGUGGAUCAGUACAUGCUGGGAAUCCUCAUCUACGUUCAGAACUCCGAGUACGAGGAGAUCACCAUUGACCCAGUGUGCAGCUGGAAGCCGGUUCCUGUGAAGCCCGACAUCCACGUGAAGGAGGAGUCAGACGGCCCCGUGUUGAAGCGCUGCCGGACGCUCAGCCCGAGUCACAUGGUCCUGCCCAGCGUCAUGGAGAUGAUCGCAUCAUUAGGCCCCGCCCCCACCUCGGCCACCACCUCCUCCUCCUCCCCAAUGCCCUACCCUCCCGUACCUGCAGGGGGCAGCAAUAACAGCAACACACCGGACUACCCCGGCCCAGCUCCGUCCUACCCCAGCAGUCAGUCUGCAGGCUUCUCAGACUUCAGUGGUCCUGGUACUCCUGGUGUGGGGGGGGACUUCUCCUCCCCCGGCCCCCCCCCCCCCCCCCCCCUUCCCGAGCUCUCCAGCGCCCUCCUCACCCCCGACAAACCCCCGCCUCACCCGCUGGCUGGACAGAUGUCAGUCUCGGGCCGUCUGGACUCCACUUCCCAUGGUGCUCCUCUCUCCCAGCAGCAGUCGCAGGGUCUCCACGGCAACUCCCAAAUGGGGAGCGGCAACCAGAUGAUGCAGCGUAGCAACCAGAAUCCCCGUCUCCAAGGCGACAGCUCCUUCACUCUCGGGGGGUCGUCGGAGGUUCCUGAACCUUCUCUGGACUUGCUCCCGGAGUUGACCAACCCGGACGAGUUGCUGUCGUACCUCGGACCUCCGGACCUCCCAAACAACAACAACGACGACCUGCUGUCGCUGUUUGAGAACAACUGAACACACACACACACACACACAUAUACACACACACACACACAUAUACACACAUACACACACACAGAACUUUACUGUAACAUACAAACUCUUUCUCUCCUCGCCCGCCAACACGAGUGGCGGUCCAACAUGGCCGCCGCCGUCUGCACAGGAUGGAGUGGACGAUAUGAAAAAAAAAUCAUCUUUUAAAUAUGAAAACUCUUUGAUGUGUGACGAUGAUGAUGGUAACUUUAUUUUAUUGUUUUUUAUAUUUUAAACUGUAUUUUGAUGCUUCAUCCUUCAUUCCCUGUUGGAGCCGACGGCCGCGCUGCUCACAGGAAGCUGCAGGCGAUUUAAAGAUGGCGACGACCACGCGGCUGCCGUGACGACAGCUGACUGUGACGUGUGGUCGAUUAAAUCCAGAAUGUUUCUGGUCCAAAUGAGUUUGAAACGACGAGCUUUAAGGAGCGUCUGUUCUCACAGACAGGAUGUGAAGGUUAACGCCGUUUACACUCAGCCACGGCGCCUCAGGGAGCAUCAGCGCUCCUCCUGUGAUGAGUUUAUUUCCCAGGAUUCAAAGUUUUAAACAGAACUGCAGAUGAUUCAUCAGAAGGUGACAUUUUGCUCUGAUCCUCUGAUGUUGUUCACGCGUGAGGUCACAUGGUCACAGUCGGUCCCUCCAGGAGGUCGUGAUCACAGUUUCAGCCAAUCGCUGUGAAUUCUGAGCGACUUAAUUUUGUCCGAUCACCGGAACUCAACUGCAGAUUUGACUCUUUAAAACAGGUCAAAUCUGAUUUUAUUGCAGAGCUGCGUGCAGCGUAUUGAUUCACUCAGCCCGUCAGUGACAGAGCUAACUGUUAGCAUCACAAAGCUAACAUUACCACACAGUUAUUAACGUGUUUAAAGACAGAGUCGAGCUUGACCUCACAAUUUUUAGUGCAAAACACGCCCAUAAACAUCACAACAUCCCAGCUGCCACCAGACAUCAAUAUAAAAUUAGAGAGGCGUUGGACUCUAACGUCGCACAGAUCUUGAAAACGUUCAUAUUUCACGUUGCGUGGAUGUUAACAAUAUGAUGUUUUGUUCUCAGCACCUCAGCAUCUCAGUUAUUCUACGCCUGGACAUCGUCGGCAGGAGACGUUUGGAAGACGUUGGAUUUUGGUUACAUAACAAGACCUGAAACCAACGAAAUAUCAACGUCAUCUGCUGUUAGUAUUCUAUGUCAAACUGAUGUUGGAAGCAGACGUCAUCCUGACCUUGAACUUUGGUCACGUGACGUAACAACCUAAAUUUAACCAAAUAUCAGCAUCUGAUGGCGGCAGUGCGGAUGCUUCACAAUUUUUAUUUUGUUUUAGAAAAGCUGACAAAUGAGACAGGCCGCAACAAUCCUAAAAACAGCUCACAGAAUCCUGGAGGGACCGAAGUAUAUGUUAGUAGAACAAUAGUUCAUCUGUUUUAAAUCAUCUGAUCAGUUUCAGGACGUCUGAUUGGUUCAGUCACAGCGUCAGGAAGGAAAUCAUCACGUUUCAGUGUUUCUAGAUCUUGUGUUCACUCUAAAACUAAAAUGUUCGGACUGCUGACAGAAAAAUAACCAGCAACUAUUUAGCCUCUGAAAUUAAACAAAGUUUCCCAGAGUUCACUGUGACUUGUUCAGAAGUCUCGUUCUGUCCGAGCGACGGUCCAAAACUCAAAGUGACUAAACAGAAAAUCUGAGACGUUGAAAUCAGAAAAUGUUGAUUUGUCUUUUCACUGUUUUUGAUUAAAAAAAAAGGAGUUCAGUGUUUCACCUCAGUGUCGUCCACGUUACUGUCAAACUGCUCUCACCACACUCCUGAUGAAGAAGAGGUUUUCUCCUUGGAAUAUUUUGUUAGGAAGUUUGUUUAAGUUCACAUCUCAGAGUUUCUGUCUCUUUGGCUGCUCCUUCAGUGAGCAGCUCAUGGUGCGUUUCUGAAUGUCACUUCCCAGAUAUCCAAACAGUGUCACUCGUGUGACGUCAGUUUGUACGAGUUUUUGAAGUUUCAUCUGCAGUUGUCGCUCUUUUCUGUGUUUGUUCGACCACAGUAACCAUCGACUUGCAGCAGAGAACCCUGACGUUGCCAACUGUCAUCGUGUAACAAGAAAAGCUUCUCGUACAGUGUUGAAAGAUUCUCAGACAUCCAGGUCAGGGAAGUUCUCAGUGCUUCAUCAUAGGCAGCCGGACGUGUUUGAGUUUCUUGAAGACGUUUUAUCUCUGAGCCAUGAGAUGGUUGAGAGGUGAAACCUACGAUACAGCAUUCAGAACUCCUCAUGCAGACUCACCCUGCCGCCGUCCCUCCCUGCAGAGCAGCAGGCCGACAUGUUUAGACGCAGCGUGUUAAAACCAAGACAGAUCCGAUCAGACGUGACCAGACGGACGACGAAUCACAGUGAAAUCUGAGUAUGUGAGUCGGUACAAGACGAGCUGCUCUGACGCUUUGAUGAACACGAUGUGAACGAUGUUACCGUCACGCUCACACACAACUCACAAAGGAACAUCAGGACGUUCCUUUAAAGUCGCUGAGUGUGUUCUCACGCGUGUACCAACACCCUGCUGUGAUCAGUUUCAUCUCUGACACAAACUGAUCCUGCGCCUCGUGAACACCUGAUCCAGGUUUCUGAUCUUUCAUUCAUUUACAAUGACGACAUUAAUCAGCGUCACUGUGAGCGUGCCUGUGUUCACCAGCUGAGGUGAGACGCUCUGACACACGAGCACAGUCCAUCCUCUGUUCAUGAGGCCGUGCAGACAUGAAGCGUCAGACAGAGCAGCAGGAAGACGUCAGCAGUCACGACGGAUCUUUGUAAAUGCUAAAAGAAGCAGUGAGACGUCAGUGAAUCAGAGAUUUGAGACGACAAACACGAGCUCAGAGCUGCUGGAUCAGAAACCUGGAUCCUGUCACAUGAUCCUGACGAUCACAGAGACGUGAAGACGUACGUUUCCUCAUGUUUCAUUGAAACAUCACGUCCUGAAUGUGAUCACACACACACACCACACUACAGGUGCAGUCUGAAGGUUCACAGCUUGGAUCUGAUCAGUUUGAUCUGUGACAGGUUGUCUGUUCACAGAUUAACAUUUCCAACAUGGCCGCUGUCAGAGGAUCUGUACAAACGGUCGCCAGCCGGUUUUAAUGUCACUGCUCACAGAGUGAGGCCGGACGCUCGCAGAGGAACAACUUACUGAGGAGUUUAUUUGUAGAACAGCAGAUUUAAAAUGUUUCACACACGAGACACAAAGACGUUAAAACAAAGUUUAAAUCUCUAUAAAAAGACAGAAAUAAACUUUAAACAAAGUCAGAGAGAAACGAACAUGUUGAGUUUCACUGAACGUGUGGCUGAGUGUAAACGCACCGCGAAUCAAAGCACAUCUGGAUUUUAUCAAAGCUACGGAGGCUCGUUUGUGCCAAAGUGAUGGAAACACAGAUCCUGUUGGUCACUGUGAUGAGAAACCUUCUAAAGAUAAUGAGUUACUAACUCAAAAAAUACUACUAUACUAUAUAUGCAUCUCAUAAUAAGAAACUUUAUCAACAUAAUUACAUAUUUAAAAAUAAAGACUUGUCUAGAAAUAAUGAGUCAGUAAAAUUACUCAAAGUAAGUUUUCUCAAAUGAAUGAAAAACGUCCUUAAAAUAAUGAUUUAGUUUCUUAUUUUGAGAUAUUUUCUCAAGAUAAUCAGAAACUUUCUCAAAGUUAUGAAGAAUUUUUUUUUGAUAAUAAGUAUCCAAAAAUUAUGAGUUUUUGUCAUCAUAAUAAGUUGGUGUCUAAAAUGAUUUAGUGUCUCAAAAUAACAAAGUUUCUCAAAUUAAUGAGAAACUUUCCUAAAAUAUAGAUGUAGUUUAUUAUUUUGAAUUCUUUUUUGCAAGACAAAUAGAAACUUUCUCAAAAUAAUGGGGACGUUUGUUUUUUUUUGUGAUAAUGAAUUAUUAUCUCUGAAACAAAGCUCUUAAAAUAAAAAUGUUAGGAUCUUUAUUUAAAGAUAUGAACUCAUUAUUUUGACAAAGUUUCUCGUUAUGAUGAUAAACAGGAUUUUUGUUGUUUGAAUGGGCCUCUGUACAUUUGAGACACCUGAUGUGAAGGUCACUCGACACAUGACAGACGUGUUUGUAAUGUUAUGAGACUUUAAUGUUAAACUCUGGAGCUUUGGACGGUCGCCGCCAUCGUCAUCGUCUGCAUUCGAGCCCUCAGUGAGGUUUAACUCAGUGCCACAGAUGACGAUGACGACGACCGACUCCAGGGAGCUGCGACAUGAAGAACAGGAGAAGAAGACGUGUGCUGACAUCACAGAGCUCCAUCGACACCAGUUUGUACAUGUGAUAAUUACAGAGGGUUCAUCUUCAUCCUCGUCAUCCUCCUCAUUACUCUGUAUGUUGUAAAGUGACUAGAGUCCAGACAGUCGUGGUGUCUCCGUGUCCCGGUGAGUCUGCUGGCAUCAAUAAAUCUGUACAUGAUCACACUGUGUCAAUCAGUAAUGAUGCUAAUAACAACAACAACAACAACAACAAUAAUAAUAAUAAUAAUAAUAAUAAUAAUAACCUUUGUAAUUUAAUAAACACACACUGGAAAGACA